GUUAUAUAUUUACAUGUGGUUGUAUAUUUAAUCUGUAUUGCAGUAUUUGUGUGUUAGACAUACGUCGAAUGUAAAACAUCUGGAUGUUAGCCAGUAGAUAUACCUUCUUGACAGCAAGUGCUUCUCCAGAGCACAGUACUAUAUUAUAUAUACAGAUAGUCCUUGACUUACGACAAUUGAGCCCAAAAUUUAUGUUGCUAAGUGAGAAAUCUGUUAUGUGACUUUUGCUCCAUUUGUUAAGUGAAUCACUGCAGUUGUUAAAUUAGUAACAUGGUUGUUAAGUGACUCUACCUUCCCUACUGUCUUUGCUUAUCUGAAGAGGGUUAAAGGGGACCAAAUGACCCUGAGAUGCUGCAACCGUUAUAAAUAUGAAUCAGUUGCCAAGCAUCCAAAUCUAAAUCACGUAACCAUGGGCAUGCUGCAAUGGUUGCAAGUGUGAAAAAUGGUCAUAAAUUACUUUUUUCAGUGCCGUUGUAACUUCAGUCACUAAACAAACUGUUAUAAGUCAAGGACUACCUGUCUUACAGUACAAUGUAUAUAUACAGUGUACAACUACACACACAUACAGUUUAGUAUUAGUACUGUGUCUAUAUUUUAUAUUUAUUGCAUGUGUUUGUGUGUGUGUGUAUGUAUAUACAGUAUAUAUAUAUAAUUUCACACUUAUUGUAGAUACUCAACUACAGAAAUCCUACUGAUUUUGUUAUGUAUAAAUCACACUUCUGAUUUAACUUUAGAGGGAUUCAAGUAGUGCAACAGCAUGGAGUUUAGAAAGUUAUUUAAUUUACAAUAUUUGCUUCUCAUUCCUGAAGGAUUUGAGGGGCUAGUGGUCAGAAAGAUGAGAUGGUCCUCCCACUGUUACAUUUAUUGAAUAAGAUGAAUCUUAGGGAUGAAGAGGCCUUGAUGAAUUGAAAACCAUUAGACGCACCUGAUUGCAAUUAAGUGUGUGGUAAACAAAGAAAAAGCUAGUUUUGUUUGGUUUGCAAACAGGAGGUAUUAAAACCUCAAAGAACCUCCUAAACCAGCGGUUCUCAACCUGUGGGUCGGGACCCCGUUGGGGGUCAAAUGACAAUUUGCCAGGGGUCGCCUAAGACCAUCGGAAAUAUGGGAAGUAUACUUGCGAGUUGCAAGCCAGCUGCAGGCUCUUCAAAUCGCUAGCCGAAUUCGGCUUCAGGCGCGAUGAAUUAAAAAAGAGAGAAAUCUUUGCUCUGAUGUCUCCCUCUCAAGCCAGCUGCAAUCACUCCCAAUCGCUAGCCUAAUCUGGCUUCAGGCGCCAUAAACUUAAUAGGGGAGGAGUCUCUGCUUUAAUGCCUCCGUCCUCAAGGCAAUCGCAAGCAGUUCAGAUCGCUAGCCAAUACAGCUUCAGGCGCGAUAAAUUCAAAACGAAAAUAAUUUUAUGGUUGGGGUCGCCACAUCGUGGGGAAUUGUAUUAAAGGGGUCGCAGCACUAUAAAGGCUGAGAACCACUGUCCUAAACAGAAGCAGCAAAUUAGAAUGGGAGAUCACCUGCAAAUAUUGGUGAAUCAUUAAGAUAAUUAUAUGAACUGUCUGUUUCCCAAGAUAAUGUACAGGAGACUUAUCAGAAGGGAAUUUAUGACAGAAGCUGUUUAUAUUGUUUCUUUUCCUAAUGGCUGGUAGAAACCAGAUUCUAAGACUUUUUGAGUAGCCUUUGCUGAUUUCUGAAUGCGAACUCUGCCUUCUUUUGCAUUGUUUAUUGUAUCACUUAAUUGCCUGAUACGUAUAAGGUGUCCCAUUCUUUCCUUGUGCUUGCAAAACAUGGCUGUUCCAGUCAGUGCUAUUUUAGAGUAACCCAUGCUGUGGCAGCCCCUGGUCACCAAUGUUCUGUCAGAUGAAAAACAACUAUUUUGACAAUCUCUAAGCGGCUACAAAGGAGACCUCCAACCCAUCCGAGCAAUGUCAAGGAUGAAACCAGGAAAAAUCUGCCUAUCUUUCAUCACUGAGCUUUCCCUUUGAAAUUUGGGGUUGCAACUUUGAUAUUCAAAGGAUGAAAUACUCUAGCUUGAACAUUUGUUUUUAGUUGUCCCUGUUGAAAUAACAUGGAUUUGUCAGUAGCCAUUUUGCUUAGGCUUCAUUGCUUGAGUCUUUGUUUCUCAACUCCAGCAAGUUUAAGAUACACGGACGCAGCUGAGAAUGGAGCCACAGGAGUGGAACUGGACCUUGAAUUCACAGCAGACGGAGUUCCUAUCCUGAUGCACGACGAAACAGUGGACAGGACCACUGAUGGCUCUGGUAGUUUACGUGAAUUGACAUUUGCUGAUAUUCGACAAUUUAAUCCAGCUGCUAAACAUAGAUUAUGGAGGGAUUAUCAUGGGGAAAAAAUACCAACCCUAAAAGAAGCUGUUUUGGAAAGUUUGCAUCAUGACCUCAUCAUCUACUUUGAUGUCAAGGGACAUGCAGAUAAGGCGGUUGCAGCCUUGACACAACUCUACCUAGAAUAUCCACGGCUGUACAACACCAGUGUGGUUUGCUCGUUUAUGCCAGAUGUUGUCUAUAAGAUGAAACAAGCUGACAGAAAUGUCAUAACAGCUCUGACCCACCGACCCUGGAGCUUCAGUCACUUUGGGGACGGGAAGCCUCGCUUUACAGUUUUGUGGAAACACUAUUUAUCUAUGGCCCUCGAUGUUAUCAUGGACUGGAGCAUGCACAACUUCCUAUGGCAUUUAUGUGGCGUUUCUGUUUUCCUGAUGCAGAAAAAUUACGUUUCACAGGACUAUGUAAAUCGUUGGUCCUCUAAAGGGGUGCAUGUUGUCGCCUGGACCGUCAACACACUUGCCGAAAAAAUGUAUUACGAAAAUGUUCUCCAGACCACCUAUAUAACCGACAGCUUACUAGAGGAUUGCGACCCUCACUACUAGCUUGAUCUUCAACUGCCAAUUGGCUUCCUUAGUCAAACUGGAGUUCAGUGGGACUUUAUGAUUUUAUUUCACGAAGGCUGCAUCUCUUCCCUCAGGGGAAGGAAAACAAUUACAUUUCAGGUUGUACCAAACUCCUUCCUUUUUUUGCUGGGAUUGAAAUUUCUCACGACUAUCACUUUUCCUCCAAGAAAGACUCAGCAUUUUUAGUCAAAUAGAUACGUGCAGCUUAAACAGGAAAAAAAACCCACCCCGAUAUGCUACAAGGUAGGCAGAAUUAAGAGGGUUGGGAAAUGAACUUUUUGGAAAACUCACGAAUGCUCCAUUUCCCCCCUGGACCUUCCCUGGCCUCUGCUGCACCAGCAGUGGUUGGGCAGUUUCCCAGAAGUAAAUCCUCUAAAUCAGAAAUGGUUUCAAGGUGUUCGGAUGGGGGUGGGGCUCCUUGCCCCAAAACAACUCUGUUUUGUCCAGGACACCAUUCAGAAAAAUGGCCAGUUACCCCAGUCAGUAUUGUCUGGAGAGAGAAUGGAACAUUUUUUUUUUCAAUGUACUAUUCCUAAAUCUGAGUUUUGCACAUUCCUGGUGCGAGGCAUAUGGUAAUGGCUGAUUUAUACUUGAUCAAAACAGAUCUACCAGCUGCACUGAAAAAAACCUCUUGCUGUUUAGUCUUCACAGAUCACUGGCAUGACUUGAAACAUUUGACGGAAUUUAAGAAAGAACACAGGUCGUCUAUAUUCCAUGACCAUUCAUUCAGCAAAUGUUCCAAGUUAUGGCAGCGUUGAACAGUGAUUACAACCGAACCUCGAAGGCUCCGGCCAUCAAAGCGUUCCCACAGUCCCACAAAUGCCAUCUGGGCAGUUGGCAACCACUGUGCACUUACAACCAGUUGCAGCAUGAUUCACAUGAUUACCUUUGCAGUCUUCUCUGCCAGCUUCCCCAGGAAGCCAGUGGGGAAACCAGCAGAGAUGCUUGCAAGUUACUGAGGUCAGUCUCCCAUGCCUAUGCGCCCUCCGUGCCCCCUUGGGCUGCGUCAACCAUUGGUUCACCUUCCCCAACUGGCACCAUGCCUCAUCCGCACCCCUUCACAUCCUCACCUCACCAACUCACCUACCCUUCCUGACCCAUGCCACGCUUCUCAAGCACCUCAUCGCACCCUCCUCACGCCAUCAAGACACUCCCCCCCCCACAUGCCUUCUUUCUCCUUCCCAGCAGCAGCCAUUUAUUCAUCUGGGCCUUGCAACUUCCUGCCAGCUUCCCCACUGACUUUGGUUGUGGGGAACCAACAGGAAGUUGCCUUGCCCAGUGACCCUGGGAUUCAGUUAACAACGGCAAUCAGGAGUGCAGGGACUCCCAUUGCUAAGCGAUGCGGUGGCACCUUACAGCUGCAUCACUUAGCAACAGAAAUUCUGGCCCCAACCGCUGUCGUAAGUUAAGGACUACCUGUAGUGAGUACGGGGAGAAUACUUCCAACUAUGUCUAGUGUGCAAGUAUUUUCUCUCUCCUGCCCAUAAAUUCAAUGGGCAGUUUUGAUAACACAGUUAAUCUCUUUAUCAAUAGGUGGCAAGGCAAUGUGCAAUAUAUUUUGUGAUUGGGCAUUUAAUGAAAGCUAGGAGUGGGGGAGCUUUUCACAGCUGCCAGGGCUAAGAUGAUAAAAGUGAGGUGCAUUUAUUGCAGCUUUUGUUGAAGCUUGCAUUUCUAACUUGAAAGAAAUGUUUACAUUGCAUCUGUUCACAGAAACUUGAAACAGUUCUCUGGACUGCGGUUUUCUUCAGCCAGGUCUUUUCAGAAUUGGGAUUUGCCCAAAAUCGAAAGAACGACAAUUAUUUGUAAGGAUUGUUUCCAUCAGGAUUGACAGUGUCAGCUCGUAAAACAUCACUUGUGUUAAAAGAUUACAGCAAUAAAGGUUUUUUAAAACAACGUUUUGGAUAACUGCUGUAAUGGAAACCGCUACUAGAAAAAAAGGGAAAACCAGGGAUAAAUUAUCUCAGGUAUUCAGGUUAUGUAAUCAUCUGAAAAUGUGACAAUAAAAUGCACUUGGGCAAAAACUGCUGCCCUAAAUUUUUACGGUCAAGCACAAAGCUUAAAAGCACAAGCACAAGCAUAAAAUUCUUGAUAUUUCUUACAAAAUUUCUUAAGCGAUCUCCCACUAGGAUAAUUUGGAUGAAGCACUUAGCAACUGCCAUUCAUUUUGUUCUCAAAUAAAAGGUUAUUUAUCAAUAAAUAAAUAAAUUACGGGCCGUAAUAGCUCAGGCUGUUAGAAGCCUGUUAUUAAAACACAGCUGCCUGCAAUUACUGCAGGUUCUAGUCCCACCAGGCCCGAGGUUGACUCAGCCUUCCAUCCUUUAUAAGGUAGGUAAAAUGAGGACCCAGAUUGUUGGGGGGGCAAUAAGUUGACUUUGUAAAUAUACAAAUAGAAUGAGACUAUUGCUUUACACACUGUAAGCCGCCCUGAGUCUUCGGAGAAGGGCGGGAUAUAAAUGUAAACAAAACAAAAAAAUUGAUUUAAAGUGCAGCUGCUAUUCCAGGUAAAAUAUUGUGGUUAUAAUAUUCCAAUAUUCAGUUCUCCCCCUACAUCAUAACCACUGUUUAAACUGAAAUGAGCUGUAAAUCUGUUUCUGCCUUUUUUUCACCAUGCUGCUAUACAUGGGGUUUUGUUUUUUUUUAAAAAUUCCUUUAUUCUCUGUACUGUACAAAUCUCUAUAAUUUCUGUAAAAUAAAAAUCCUGU